GGACUUGACUCCACCCUGUUCCCAUGUGUAUAAAAGCCUCAGGUAUUUCCGGCUCUGUCUUUUCACCCAUUCAGACCCAGGUGGACUACCUGUUGCCUUUCACAGUAGCUCAAAAUGGCCAGGGAGAAAAUCCACAUCAACAUCGUGGUCAUUGGCCACGUCGACUCCGGGAAGUCCACCACCACCGGUCACUUGAUCUACAAAUGCGGCGGCAUCGACAAAAGAGCCAUCGAGAAGUUCGAGAAAGAAGCCGCCGAGAUGGGCAAGGGGUCCUUCAAGUACGCCUGGGUGCUGGACAAGCUCAAGGCCGAACGGGAACGCGGCAUCACCAUCGACAUUGCUCUGUGGAAGUUCGAGACUGAGAAGUACUACGUGACUGUCAUCGAUGCCCCUGGACAUCGUGACUUCAUCAAGAACAUGAUCACUGGCACCUCUCAGGCCGACUGCGCCGUGCUGAUCGUCGCUGCCGGCGUCGGCGAAUUUGAGGCCGGUAUCUCCAAGAACGGGCAGACCCGCGAACACGCCCUGCUGGCCUACACCCUCGGCGUGCAGCAGCUCAUCGUUGGAAUCAACAAGAUGGACUCCACUGAGCCCCCUUACAGCGAGAGCCGCUACCAGGAAAUCACCAAGGAAGUCAGCGCCUACAUCAAGAAGAUCGGCUACAACCCCAAAGCCGUUCCCUUCGUCCCCAUCUCAGGAUGGCACGGAGACAACAUGCUGGAACCUAGUGAUAAGAUGAGCUGGUUCAAGGGCUGGUCAAUAGAGCGCAAGCAGGGCAAUGCCAAUGGUCGCACCCUGUUCAAUGCUCUGGAUGCCAUCCUCCCUCCUGAACGUCCCACCCAAAAGCCCCUCCGUCUGCCAUUGCAGGAUGUCUACAAAAUUGGAGGUAUCGGAACCGUCCCCGUCGGCCGCGUGGAGACCGGCAUCCUGAAGCCCGGCACGGUUGUCACCUUCUCUCCCACCAACCUGACCACCGAGGUCAAGUCCGUGGAGAUGCACCACGAGGCCUUGUCCGAGGCUCUGCCCGGCGACAACGUCGGCUUCAACGUCAAGAACGUGUCUGUGAAGGAGAUCCGCCGCGGGUUCGUGGUGGGCGACAGCAAGAACGAUCCUCCCAUGGGAGCUUCGAAUUUCAAAUCUCAAGUCAUUAUUCUGAACCACCCGGGCCAGAUCACCAGCGGCUACACUCCUGUGCUGGACUGCCACACCGCUCACAUCGCUUGCAAAUUCACCGAAAUCCUUGAGAAGAUCGACCGUCGUUCUGGCAAGGUGCUGGAGGAAAACCCCAAAUCUGUCAAGUCCGGAGACGCCGCCAUCGUCAACAUGACACCAAUGAAGCCAAUGACGGUGGAGGCUUUCUCUCAGUACCCACCCCUUGGCCGUUUUGCCGUGCGGGACAUGAGGCAGACGGUGGCCGUCGGUGUCAUCAAGUCAGUGGAUAAGGCCCCUCCCACCGGCGGGAAGGUCACCAAGGCCGCACAGAAGGCACAGAAAAAAUGAAUCGGCAUCAUGCGGGGUGCGCAACAGAAAGUCGCCGGCGUGUCCUCCAACUGGCCGUUUUCUCCUCUGAUCAGUUCGCUCCUCAAGGACUGGCUUCUGCUUAUUAAAAAUCACUGGAAAAGUGUCCGUAGGAAAGGAGGACAUGCCUUCCUUUUUGGAAUAAAUGCAAUCUUACUGUUACAUUGAAGUCAGAAAAAUAAACACAUGAUGUGUGACCAAA